CGACUGGCGAAGGCACUACCACCACAUCUAGGCUCCACGGGAAAUAUAAAAUGCAGCCCAAUAUUCAGUACUUUUAGUUCGUUCCGUUGAUUCGUAUUUCGUUUAGGCUUCCAGUGCGGUAUCUCUUAUCUUACGAAAAGUGGUAGCAACCGCAGGCGCAGUGUUCUCCACAUCAGUGCCUACUUUACGGGUCGCCUCGUCAAGUAUUUCUCAUUCAAUUGUCCGGCGCGGGUCAGUCAAAACAAAAAUAUACCCAAAUUAGAAACAAAACAUUCAGGAGAACAUCCUUCAAAAUAAAUUUAGUUAAAUUGAAAAAUUGCGGGCUUUGUUUCACCCUGAAAUAGUUACCAUAAAUAUUUCCAACGCAAAGAUUUCACUUUUCCCGUUUUGUUUGGACUUUUCUGAUAAAUCAAAAAUAAUCUGCGAGUGUUUGCAAAAUACGCGUUUCUAGACUUCUUCGAAGACUGCUUUAAGAGCUCUCGGUCUUUAAUUCAAAAAGACUAAAAAUUGGAAAAUUGAAAAGUAGUUUAUGCGCCAGUGACCCAAAUGGUGGAUUCAGUGAAUCGACAGAACUAUCGGAACAUUGGCAGCGAGGAUCCUGGCGAGCCCAACUUACGGAACAAUAACAUGUCGGUGGCGCCAGGAUCGCACAUUGCCCGGGAGUACGUGGAGAAGAUUUGCGACCUGAAGUCGAUCUUGGGGAAGGACUUGCUGGCGGCGGACUCGCGGUGGACACUAUUCGUUGCAGCAGCUUUGAGCUAUCGAUACGACUCACAAUUGAGACCUUUGCCACCGAAAUAUGUCAUCAAUGGGUCAUUCGAUAUUGACUAUUUGGUCAGCACAAUCAACGACACGCCAGCGUUGGGGUUCAUUCUGGGCACCAUCAACGAAGGAAACUACGAUGAAUUGGACGUUGAUGUGGUCGAACUCCUCCAUUGGGUGCUAAUUAGCGAAAAGGAUACGACACUAAGGACGAUCAAGGAGAGCGAGUUUGAUCUGGUCCUGUCCAAAGUUCCACAAGUGCAAUCUGUUGCUCGCCCGACACAUAUCUUUGAAGUUUGCCCUUCGCCCAAUUCAAAAGCCGAAUCGAAAUUUGCUAAACUGCAGGAGGGUUAUACGACAAAUUUUGCUUUUCACGGUAGUAAAUUGGAUAGUUUCAAUUCUAUAUUAAAUCAUGGACUACAACAACACAUGUGUAAGAAUGCCUUAUUUGGAGAGGGAAUCUAUCUAUCAUCAGAGCUUUCCGUUAGCUUGAAUUUUAGUCCGAAUGGCGCUGCAUGGGGCGCAUCGAAAUGUGGUCCGAUAUUAUCGUGUGUUGCAAUAUGCGAAUAUAUUGAACACCCGGAGCAUUUGCAGUGUCACGUUAAAACUGAUAAGAAGAGCAAAGUACCUGAAAAAUAUUUUGUCAUAACAAACAACGAAAUCGUUCGUGUAAGAUAUUUAUUAUUCUUCGGCAAUCGAUCGUCUACAAGUAACCUACUCGCCACUAAAAACAUGGCAAUCUCAUGGAUGAGUAAAAACAAAUACUUUUUGACGAUUUGCUGUUACACGCUGCUGCUGGCGUCAAUUGGAAUAGCGAAUAGUGGGAAUGGAAUGUAUAUUAGACAUGUGAUUUCGAAGAAAACAAAUUAUUUGUUAGAUGUAUUGCGGAAAACUUUUUAUGACGAUUAGAGGUUUCAACUGUUGUAGGUUAUGUGAUAAAAACGGAACCCAGCCACUCGUCAUCAUACAAUCACUUGAUGCAUUUUUGAUAUUUAGUUAGGAUUUGGGUGUAAUGUAUUGGUCCAGUGAUUUGUAUCAAUUGAUCCAUGAUCUUGAAAAAAUUGGUAUUAAUUUCUAUGAUGAUGGUGGAUGACAGUCUUGGUUCUAAUCAAUUCUGUAUUUGUGCGAAUAGUUUUUUUAUAAAGUUCUACUUCGCGACUAUUUCCAUUUUUAUAAAUGAUCCCAAAAGAGAUAUUUACAAUAAAUUAUUAUUAUUUAAUAUUUAAA